AUGAAAAGAAGAGAAAAAGAAACCGCAACGAGCCGCUGGUCUCGAUUAGUCUUUGACGGAGAUGAGAAAAACUACGAGCUACGGGAGACAAAGCUUUUGGGUCAUCUUUAUUUACAAGGACUGAAAGAGACUAUUUUAAGCGAGUCUUUUGAGGAAGACGAGGAAGAUACGGCGAAAAACGCCGAAGCCUAUGCAGAGCUAAUACAGUUCCUGGAUGACAAAAGUUUGUCGCUGGUUAUGAGGGAAGCAGCAGACGAUGGAAGAGCAGCAUUAAAGAUUCUUCAGGAAUAUUAUGCUGGCAAAGGAAAGCCCAGAGUGAUUAGCUUAUACACAGAGCUAACGUCAUUGCAAAAGUCGCCCAGUGAGUGUGUUACUGAUUAUGUCAUCAGGGCUGAGACCGCAAUCACCGCUUUGAGGAACGCAGGGUUCCUAACAUUGGAUAAUUUUAAUGUAACCUGUGAUGAACAGAAUAUUUGUGCUGUUAGGGGGACACUAAUGAGUGUGAACUGCGAUCACUCAAACAUCAACAUCAAAACUGGGUUCUGGUUCAGUCAGAAACAGAGAACAAACUGGAGAAACAAAGAUGAACCUGAAGAUUUGACUUUAGAUUCAGAUUACUCAGGACGAAUUGGUCAGUGGAUAACUGAAGAUUACUCACGACUCUCAAUAGAUGAUCUGAGAGAGAGAGACAGUGGAGAAUAUCAGCUCAUGUUCAUUAUGAAGGAUGGAGUUAAACAUCUCAGCUCAGUCACAGUCAAUCUAACAGUUUCAGUUUUACAGGUGAAGAUGAAUCCUGAAUCUACAGGACAGAGAGUAAAACUGAGCUGUGAUUCCUCCUGCCCUUUAACAUCAGAAUAUAAUUACCUCUGGUACAAGAAUGGACAAUAUUUAACAAAUAACCAAAGCAUAUUUGUAUCAUCCAGUGAAAACACUGACAGUUAUUACUGCACUAAGUAUAAAAUGGAGCCCUCUUCAUCUGUGUGUGAAACAAACUGUGUUUGUAAUUGA